AUGAGCACCCCGCCGUCCGGUCACCGUUCUGCCGCUACUGCUGUUGCUAUCGACGCCGCCUCGCCCGUUGAAGACAAGACGAUGGGUGCCGCAGUUGACGGUGCUGGGCGAGACGACGCAACCGCCUUUAGCAGCAAUUCUCAUCACGCCAGCGAAACCGCCCUUUCUACCCCCGCUGCUCCUGCUACCCCGCCUUUUGCGAAAGAGGCGCGUACUGGUGGUGGUCGUGGGCAGCAGGCUGACAGGGAUAGGGCACCGCCAGAUCCAGCCAACUUGUCGGGCGAUUCUUCGAAUUCGGGGUUGAGCGAGGCUGUGGAGAUUUAUCUCAAUGAUUUGGGAUUUGACGAUUCCACCGUCGGACACAAUGGACUUCAAGGUAGUCCAUACAUAUGCACACACGAACCUCCCGUUGACGAGUCGCCACUCCUACCCGCUGGUCCUCGCGUUUCGAAUCACGUCCACAGUUCACCUCAGUCAGCGCUAAUCUCCACGCCUCUUCCCACCCCGAGUCAGCCCGCAGGUCAUUCUACCACGAUCGAAGCCAAGGGCACUGCACAGCGCAUCACAAGCACAGGUCCAUCCACUCCUACUGUGUCUAUCACUGCAUCGGAACCCGCCUCAGGCAAUAGUACCAAGCUCAAUCUAUCCGCACCCCGCACGUCAACCCCUCGGGAUUUACUAUCUCCUGUAACCGACCUUGAUUCUCCACGAGUUCCGCCGGCUACACGUAUGACGACCGUUCCUUUGCCCGAAUUCGACGACGAUCCAACUCUUUCGCUUCCCACUUCUAUGGAGCAGUUAGACUUGGGCUCUGGACAGGCCCCAUCGCGACCUCCAUCGCAUGAGAGUCAGGUUGGGAAGAGCUCGCAAGAGAAGCAGCGCAUGAGGCCACUGAGCAUGCUGAUGCCUGGGGGUGCAGGCUCUCAUGCGACUCCUCUCGCCACUCCUCCACCGACCUCACCUCUUCCUGGUCUACCUGGUAGUCCAAGUGCUGGUAACCCGCCUUCGACUGCUCCUCCGCAUAUGGCCUCGUUCCCCAGCUCCAGACCUGCCUCUGACCAUUCGGCCUCGGCUACCACACCUAUCACACUGUCUCUGACACCAACUCUCCGUCAUCCGCGAAACGAAGUGUACACAGCAGGUCCAGCUCCAUUCCCGGAACUCCCAACUUCUCCAUGCAACCAUCGUCGAGCUAUACUCAGUCGCAGCCUCUUCCUCAGCUUCCGACGUUUGCUCCAGCUCUCGCUGCCAUUAUCGAGUCAACAGCAUUUCCAGGCGCCUCCGAGCCAGCACCUGCCUGGUCCUCCGCAGCAAACCAUUCCUCAGCAGCACCAUCAUCUUGGAAUGCCCGGUGCUGGAACGAAUGUUACUCUCACCCCAAACCAUCAGCAGUAUGGCACCAUCACUGUCUCCAACUCUGUCGUGUCGUUCCCGAGUUCGACGACCCCACCGACUUCUGUGACUUCGCCUCUGGCUCGGGAUGAUUCCUUUGCGUCGAGUCAAGGUCAGCCGGUCCCGAGUGGCAUGGUUGGACCUGCAGACCACGGGGCAUGUCCCAACAAGACUCCGAAUGUGUAUAUCAACGGUCUACCCCCUCACUUCCCUGAAGACCAACUCUAUGCUCUUGCUGCGCCGUUCGGAGAGGUCAAGAGCGUACGAACUUUUACGAGGCAUGUUAGAGACAGUGAGAGUGGCUACGGUUUCGUUUUGUUUGAGACGAUUGAAGCUGCCGAAAGGUGCAUUGCCUCUUUGAGACGUUAUAGAAACCUGCACCCUACAUUCUCCAAACAAGUGCACAAGAUUCCUGGAACAGUUUAUGCCCAGGUCAAGCAGGCUACGCCUUCGGAUUCCUCUUCGAGCAAUCGGGGAUGGGAUGGGAGCGAGGAUGAAGACGCCAGCUUUAAAGCGAGGAUGGAGGCGCUCGCUGAUCCGUUGAGCACGAACCUGUAUAUGGAAGGCUUGCCUCUGAGCAUUGAUGAACCUACCCUCGGAGCACUCGUCGCUCCUCACCGUAUUGUCAGCAGUCGCUUUUUCCAAACUCGCCUCAGUAACCCGCCGAGGAUCAUUGCUUUCGUUCGGUUGGACACUCGUGCCGGAGCCGAAGAGAUCAUCGAAAGACUUCAUGGAAGGAUGGUUCGAGGUUGGAACGAUACUGGUAGUCGAAUCAGUGUUAGGUUCGCAGACACUGCUGAGCAACGUGAACUGAGACGUCAAGAACGAGCCAUCAAGGAAGGAGCUCCUGUCGGUGACUCUUCUCCUGCUCGACUCACCAUCGCCCAAGCCGCCUUGCUCAACCUUCGCGGACAAGACCUUCGGUCGACCAAGUCGCCCACCUCUUCCCUACCUCCACCUCCUUCCAGCGCCACAUCCCAGGUCUCUCCCUAUCCCGUCAUCGGACAGCGGGGGCUCGAUUGGCCCGGCAACGACCCUCUUUCAUCCUCCUCGUCGAGUGUAUCCGGACAUGAAGUCAUCGGUUCCUCCCGUGACUACUCGCUCUCUGGGCUUCCCAGCCAAGGUCUGGCAUUGGGUAGCGCAUCCUUAUCGUCCUCUCGCAACGUUCGCUUGGGCAAUGGUGCGCCGGAUGUCGAGUAUGCCUCUGCCUUCGCGUCUGGCCCCAUUGGAUCGAUUGGGUCCCAGUCUCAGCGACCUUAUCAAUCUCUCGGUCCCUCCGACGUUAACCCUUUCCAAGUCGACUACUCCCUUGCCCCUGGUCGAUCCCUCAAUGACCAGAUUCAGCAAGCCCAGGGUAGCGCUGUUGACCCAGCGAUGAAGGCACUCUUGGCUUCCCUCAACGCGCCCGGUAGUCUCAGUGUCAGCGUCGACCAGCGCGAAGUAUAUCGACAGCAACUCGAGCAGCAGCUACAGCAAGAGUACCUCCAGCAGUCGGGUUAUGGCAACCUUCCGCACCAGGCCAGCUACACUGGUAGUGGCGUCGCGUCGACUCAUACGGGUUAUACUCCCGCUGAAGAGUACAUCAUGCGCACCCACGUCGAGAGGCAAAGGUUGAACAGCCUGUCUGGCAGCGAUCAAUUCCUUCAGCAGCAGCGCAAGCGACCUUCACCUUUGAACCUCGGUCGUCAGUCGAGUCGGGAAGGUGACGCUUCUGUCGGGAUGGGUUUCAACGGCUACUCGGCCCCAGGGUUGGCUGGGAUGAGUGACGAGAACGCCUUCCAUGCCCAGGCGGCCUCUGCCUUUGGUCGAGGUAAUGGUGGUUCCACCUUGCAACACAACCGGAUGUCUCGCGAUUUGAGCCAGUACCAGCAUUCUGUCGACACCGAGCAAUCUCACCAAGCCCAUAUGCGAUCAAGCACUCUUCCUCAGCAUCAGUCUUCGCUUUCGUCUGCUCCGCCGUCGAUCAACACGCAUCCCAUCCCCCAGUCGUCGAAUGGCCAGGCUCAUGCCCAGCGCCAUUUCUCGAGGAACAGUAUGAGCGUUUCGAGCACGACUGCACUGCGUACACCUCAGCAUGCCUCUGCUCCGACUAUGCAAAGCCAGGGUGACGGUCAGGGUACGAACGGGCAAGCUUCGAUGGGGUCGACCAACAAUGGAAAUGCGGACAAGAACCGGCUUUCGGCAUUCCGGAACCAAAGCAAUUCCCAGCGACAGGACGACAAUAUGAGCAACUCUCCGGCCUCCUCUUCGCAUUCGCCUUCGAUGAUCUCCCCUGCGUUGACUUAUUCGUCCCAAGGACAUACGCCUUCGACAUUGAGUCCUGCCACGCCGUUCUUUGGGUCGUUUAAUAGCCAGUCUGACGGGUUUGGGAACCUUGAUGCUGGGGGUGUUGGGAAUGGGAAGGUGGGUGGUGGUGGCGGGGAUGCGAAGGUUGGUGUUGGACAUGGCGUGAAGCAGAGUGGAGUGAGGAUGGUACAUGGGCAGCAGGUGUCGAGUGAGCGUUGA